AGAGUGACAUGUGAGAGGGCGCGAGCGCACGUCGCGGGGAAUGUUGUUGUGUUGCGUGCACGUGUAUACUGCCCGUUUCUGAGCGAUCGUGUUUAUUUCUUUCACUGCUCGCUGGUUUUAUAUAUUGAGAGCUGUUGAUUCACCUAGCUUCCGUCAGGCUGUGGCACCAACAGAAAACCAGACCGAUGGGGGGAAAUCACGGGACUGGCACUGUGGUUGCUGACAUCUUUUUCGACCUCGGGGGCAAAGACGAGGAUAAAACGAUUCACUGCUUGUGCUCGAGGGCUUUUGCGCAAGACUGGGAAUCGUACCGUUCUGGUUUCAAGACACGCUUUGUGGAGACGGAGCUCGCAGGGAAUGACUCGGAAGAGGGAGAGGGAGAGGGAGAGGAAGAGGAGCAGGCUGAGGAAGAGGAAGGUCCAGGAGAUGGCAGUGAGCCCUGGGAUGAGGAGACCGCUCUCAUGGCUAGCAUGGGCCUGCCGCUGGAGUUCGCAAGCUCCUCCUCACAGAAGCAGCAGGUGAAAACUGAUCACAUUUCGAAAAGGGGAAAAUGGAAGAGGACUGGCUCUCACUGGGAGGCGGAGCCUGAGGUCCCGCCCACACAGGAGCUCCAGUGUGAGGAACAGCCCGCACAGACUGUUCUGGGUACAGAGGAGGCUCACGCUUCAGAGUCCCACCCAGGCUGGGAGCUGUACUGGGAACAGCAGGGGCAGGUGCUCCUGUGGCAGGGCUGGCUGGAGACCCACCCAGAGGACAGCAGCGACCAGCAGGUGGCGCCGUGGGACUGCCCAAACAGGAAGAGCGAGUGGGAAAUGCAUUACAGUCAGUCAUACUACCACUACAGGGACCAGUUUAAUUACUGGGCGUCUCAGGGCUGGACUGUGGACGACACCCACUCCGUCCCCGCCCAUGGGGAGGCGGGGUCAAACGAAACAACCCAGGAAGGGUGUGAAUGGGAAGGAGAGGUGGGGUCACUGGGUUCGGACGCUGUGAUUGGAGGAGGCCCGGAGGUUGAGGAGGCGGUGAACCUGAUUGGACAGAUGAGCCUGUGCUCCCGGGCAGCUGAGUCGACGGGCUGCCAGAGUGACGACCAGAGUGACCAAGUGCCCUGUUGCCAUGGUGACGAGCCCUCCGACGGGGGCGGUCACAAACGGUCGUCGUCCAGCAGAGCCGGCACUGAGUCAGCCGAGUCCAGUCAACACUCCAGUGGUGUAGAAAACAGGCGUGGCUCACUGGAGAAACGCUCAUGCCAUGACGAAGAGGAAGAUGAUGAAGGUGAUGAUAAUCCGCCAGAGAGAAGAGGAGUGAAGAUUAAGAGGAGCCACGAGCUGGACGCCGACGAGGACCCGCCCCCCGGUCGCGUGGAGGCGGCGUGGGCCCGGCUGGGGCUGAAGAGAGGCCCGAAGCCUGAAUUCAGGAGCACCCUGAGGCUUAGGCAAGGUGGAGCCGCGCGCCGCGAGGGCCCGUCGGGCCAGUACAAGGCCGCCAGCGGCUGCAACAAGCACAUCUUCUUCACCGAGGAGGGGGGCACCGCGGAGCCGAAGGUCAGCAAGACCCUGCGUAAGGUGCAGAGCUUCCUGAAGCAGGUGCUGAGCGAUGGGGAGGCCGCGCCGGGGUCGGACGGACACGCCGAAGGGGACGGCGUGGCGGGCGACGCGGCUCGGGGGCCUGAGGAAGAGAAGGAGGAGCAGGAGGAGGAAGAGCAGCCUGCUAAGAAAGUGGAAGGCUCUGCUCCGCCUGCCCCGCUCCAACCCUCUCUCCAGACAGACAGCAACGAGGAGAGCGAGGGCGCCCCCAAGAGGACGCUGCUGCCAUUGGACAUCCCUGACUACCUCCUCCCUGACACACCAGAGGGCCAGGUCGACACUGAGUGUGAACGCCCUUCUAUAGUUGAGACUGCAAAGACGUCCUCGAAGAAGAAGAAGACGAAGACGACGAAGAGGAAGAAGAGGAAGGCCCUCGGGGUUCCGCCCGAGAUCGCCGCAGAACCGGACCUGGCCAAGUACUGGGUCCAGCGCUACAGGCUGUUCUCCCGUUUCGAUGAAGGGGUGAAGCUAGACCACGAGGGCUGGUUCUCUGUGACCCCUGAGAAGAUUGCCCAGCACAUUGCCCUGCGGGUACAGAACAGCUUCGCCUGCGACCUGAUCAUCGACGCUUUCUGUGGAGUGGGGGGCAAUGCCAUUCAGUUCGCCCUGACCGGCAAAAGAGUGAUAGCCAUCGAUAUCGACCCCGUGCGCUUGGCUCUGGCGCAGAAUAACGCAGGGGUGUACGGGGUGUCCGACCAGAUCGAUUUCGUGCAGGCGGAUUUCCUGCAGGUGGCGCCGCGCCUUCGGGCCGACGUGGUGUUCCUCAGCCCCCCCUGGGGGGGCCCCGACUACCUCAGCGCAGAUGUCUUCGAUAUCAAGACCAUGAUGUGUCCAGACGGUUUCGAAAUUUUCAGGUUAGCCAAACUGAUUUCAGACAACAUUGUGUACUUUCUCCCUCGGAAUGCGGAUGUAGACCAGAUAGCCUCUCUUGCUGGACCUGGUGGACGAGUUGAAGUGGAACAGAACUUUCUGAACAACAAGUUAAAGACCAUAACUGCAUACUUUGGCAAUUUGAUUCAGUCUGGUUCUUAG